AUGGAAGAACCACAAGAGAUUUUCUCCAUGAAUGAUGGCCACGCAGGUGAUAUAGUCGUGGAAAAAUACCUGGUGGAUUCCAAGAAGUCCACAUCCCACGUUCAGCUCGCCUGCAGUGGGCAGUCCUGUGCUUUCCCCUUAGAUGGAAACGAACUUUGUGUAUGGGACACCAAGGAACCUCCUCACCAGACACUCCCCGUGUUCCACGUGUUUCCAGAAGAACUUUUCAAUGUUUUUAAUACUCUCAAAGAGCCAAAACCAAACCAAAGCUCAUGUCAUUCUGCACAUGAUCCUGGAAUAGAGGGUUAUGCUCUCAGCGUCUCCCAUGAGGUCAUCUUGGACGUUACGCUAAUGACCCAACUCCCUCCAGGGCGACUUCCGCAAGGGACCAUCCUCGGCACCCUCCUGGGAAAGGUGCUGUGUUUAAGGCCUAGUCCCGCCGAUCAUGUUGCUGCGGUGUGUGCUGGAAACAAAGUAUUCACACUGGACGUUGAGCUAAGACCCGACACUGCGUGA